GGCUUACGUGCUUUGGUCUUUGCUAAAUAAUCCAAACGAAUUAAUUUGAUUUCUUUUUAGCAAAUGAACGAGUAUUCCAGAACCAAAUCAAUUGCAGAACAGAUGGUUCUAGGAGCAGACGGCGUGUCUUUACCAGGAGGUGGCAAGCUGCACACCUGUGCUCUUCGACCGCCUGGCAUCUAUGGGCCAGAAGAACAAAGGCAUUUCCCCCGGAUAGCCUUGAAUAUCGAAAGAGGGAUGUUUGUCUUCACAUUUGGGGGACCAGAGACCCGGAUGAACUGGGUUCAUGUCAAGAAUCUCGUGCAAGCUCACAUCCUCGCCAUGGACGCUCUCACUCCUGAGAAGAACUAUAUAGCUGUGAGUAUAUCGUUACACGUGCUCCAGUUUUUCAGGCGCUGA